GAUGUUCGUGCAAACACUCAAUUAAAUGGAGAAGGUUUAAAAAAAUUGUUUACAAAUAGGUUUCUUCCAUGGCUUAUAAAUGCAAGCGCGGAAAAUUCUUAGUUCUUGUGGUCAUAUCUCUCGCAAUAUUGAACAUCCAAGUAACACAGCGAAUAUUCAUGUUAAUGAGUAGUGAAGUGGGUGAGUAUUAUUGACUUUUACCACAGGAUUCAAAUAUAGACGGAAAACUUUUAAAAAGGUUAGCUAAACUGGCCUUCAAGUUCACGAAUAUAUCUCUUAGGAACAUCACCUUUUGUUUAUUAGAAGGCAUGCUUCCCCCUGCUUGUACAUAAUUCGUAUGAUAUAUUGCUUUUGAUGUUCUUUUUACCUUCUUCCAUUGUUCAACUUUAAAAUGCGUUGUAUUUUAUUUACACAGAUAAAAUGCCAACUGAACAAUUUCAUAAGGUGGCUGACAAGACAGAACGUGUCCUUUACAAAAAAGUAAAUGUUCGAACAAAAUUAAAACAGAAAAAGGAAAGGAAGAUACUGCAUCCAGCAUCACCUGCUUUUCAAUCUUUCAACGAGAUGAUACGCGAUGACAAAUGGAGCACUCCCCGAAAAUACUUUCCAUUGGAGACAAAAUGUCCGUACAUCGGAGCGAGAAAACCCGAAGCAUUUAAGGACCAAUCGAGACUUUCCUUGGAAUCAAAAUGCCAAAUGCAUCAGCAAACUCUUGAAGAUUGCAUCGAAAGUAUAAGAUAUUUUGGAAAGCCUAAAGAAAUUCAAGAAUUAAAAUGUAAUAAGAAGAAAAAAGCCAACAUUUGCAUGGUAGUAAAAAUAGCGACAUCUUGGGAGAUUUUGAUGUUCGAUGCAACCCAAACGUCUGUCACGGUGACUACAUACAUCUUGGAUUGCUAGGAAAUCUCACAGGAGUAACAGAUAAUUGGAUGAUGAUUGCUGAUACAAAUCAUCUUAAAAAACUCCUGCGAGAACAUAUCUUCACUUCAAAGUUUGGCUCCAGUUUUGCUUUACUUCAGUGCAGAAAGAUGGGUUUAUAUCAAGUCCUCGCAUUGCCUAAAACUCUACAAUCAAGGCCUUCCUUAAAAUCAAAGAGAAGAAAAAUAAAAAUGAAUUUCAACAUCAUAGUCGAAGAUUCGCUGUCACGCGCCCAUUUCUUUCGAGCACUAUGGAAAUCUGCAUCAACUCUCAGGAAUAUUGUUUACAACAACUCAAUACCAGCCACAGUGUUGGAUUUUGAAAUGUUUCAGGCUCACGAUAAUGGAACAGGAAAGAACGUACAACGUUUGUUUUCUGGUAAAAAACACUGGGAGAAGAAGGAAGACAGAAUUGGCGUUGGAGAUUUUUUUACAUUUUUAAAAAUACAUGGUUACACAACGGUAUUUCAAGAAGACAAUUGCUGGUAUGACAAAUGGGGUAGUCUUUUGGACUUAAGACGCAGGGAUCGAGUAAAAGAUCAUGAAGAAAGAAAUUUAUUGUGGAGAGAUUUCGUGCAGUUGCUGAAACGGACAAAUGUAAGCAAGGCAAUCGACGAUUUUGGCGUAACUUUUCUUGCAUGUUCCGCUUAUGCAUAUCUUCAAGCAACAAAUAUUUACAACUCACGACGUUUUCCAAAUGCAUGCUUUGCAGGCCAGCACAUAUCUUCUCUCUUUCUGAACUAUGUGGAACAUUUUAUGACGUUGAACGACAACGCUGCUACGCCAUAUUUUUCUUACACACAUGUUAGCACGUCCCAUGAGCCAAUAGGAAGACGGAUUGCAAACGAUGACGUUACUUUAUCCAAGCUACUACACAAAGCAGCGUUUUUAAAGAAUACAUUGACGAUAUUUUUAUCAAACCAUGGAAGUAAAUCUACAGAAUUUGCAUCGUAUUCUACACAAGGAAAACGGGAGAUUUUUCGACCAUUCAUGUUUCUUAUCAUACCACAUAAAGUUGGGCGAAACUUUGACGCAGAAAUUUUAAAUGCUUUAGUUGUUAAUCAGAAGCGUUUGGUAGGUCUUCAAGAUCUUGGCGAGGCUUUGAAAGCUUAUGUUAGUCCAUUAAUUGGUUCACCAGAAGGCUUUUUAGUCAAAUAUCUAUAAAUAGGACUUGUGAGCAUCUUGAUUUAGAUGCCAAAGUUUUGUGCUUAUGUGACAGCAAUUCAAACAACAAAACGUCGUAUAAUGAACGUCAGAAUUCACAUUAGGUGCCAUACAAGACGAUGGGAGUGGAAGAGCUCUAUCUACCUACAACAUAUCUGGAAAGAUUUUGAAUUAAUCCAAAGAGGCCAUCAAAUUCCAACUUUCAUUUACUAAAGUUUAAACAACUGAUUAACACUUUACAGUGAUACUUGAUGUUGGGGUCUAAUUUCAGAUAAACUAUAACGGGGUAUAUCUGAUUGAUGACUCAUCAGAAAAGUUUUUUUAACAAAUAAAAACGGCAAGGCUGAUGCCAAUGUCAAAUCCAACAUCGUAUGUAGUACAAACGAACGGUAUUUACGCAAAAAGGUAAAAUUAUUUCAUAGAAAAGUUUUUUUCAAAAUCUGACCAUCGAGGUUGUAAAAUCUUUACACUUUACAACAUAAAUUCCUGGACGGGAAAAUGAACUAUUUAAGUUAUAAACGUAUAUUCUCAGUCAGCAACGUAAUGGUAUUUUACUUUCAAUCCAGGAAAGCGAGCACUGAUUGCGCAAGCUUCCGAAAUAGAUCAAAAUCUUUGUUUAAA